GUUCGUGUCCCUCCCCUAAGCUUGGCCACCUCCCUCUACCGGUUUAUAAUAUAGGUUGUGCUGGGCUCAUCCUUUGUUUUUGCGGAUUCUCGUUUGUUGAUCUCUAGGUGUUGUUAGACGCUGAAUUCUAUUUUUUUAUUGAAUUUUUUUUUUUUAAUUUCAAAUUUGUGUACAAAAAGCUAAAUCAGAAAAGGCGACAACAAGAUCAACUUCAUAUUCCCUCGAUUAGCUCUAAUGUUUUUUGGCGUUGGACAUGGAAAUUUAAGCUGGGCUUUAGUAGUUAGCUUUCCAAAAGUUUGAUAUGGAUUGUUUAUGGGCCUCAGAGUUUUUAUGAAGUAGAAAUUGGUAAAUUACCUUCGACAGAAUAAAAAAAAAAGAAUCAUAAACAGUCAUGGACGGGAACGACGACGUUGGGAAAACGCUAAUUUGAUGAGGAGCAGAUGCUGUAAAAGCCCCGUCCGUGUCGAUAAAUUACAAACAGCUAUGAAACCUAUUUAUAAACUUAAAUCCCAAAACCCCUCGUCGUCUCCCUGUGGAACCAGCUGCUAAGCCAAUAUUCACCAGCGAUGAUCAUUAUUCAUCACUCUGUCCCCUUAAUUCUUGCUCCCCGGUAAUUCAAUCUCUCUCCCCUCUCUCUCUCUCUCUCUCAGUGAUCGCCUUUCAUGUGUUGGGUUAUUGGCGGUUAUCUUGGUUCAGUUGCAGAGUUUACGAGAGGUUAAUGUUAUAGUUCUGACCUGGGAAUUGUAUCUGUGCUGUAAGUGGGUGUAUGAAGCACUAUUGACAUUCAGCAUAAGACACAUUUAUAAUGGAUUUAAAAUCUAAAGGUGUAGCCUGGGUAGGCAACAUUUGCCAGAGGAUUGAAACAAUGUGUUAUGAGGUGGAUAACAUUGUGAAACAGGAUGCUGUUAGAUAUGUUGAAAACCAGCUGCACACAGUGGGAGAGAGCAUGAAAAAAAUUUGUGCUGAUGUUCAAGAUUUAAUUCCGCCUAUAGUGGAUCCAGUAAGGUGUGAAACCCAGGCAGUGGCUCUAAAAGCAAAUGCUGCUGUUAGUACCUAUAUUAAAUCAAGGAUUGGUAUUGAGGAAGAUCAUGGCCAUACUGCUCCUAUAAAGCAGUCACUUGUGGAGCCCAGUGAUUUUGAUACUGUGAAGAAUCGUCCCAGUAAUGAGCUUAGUGGACACCACCUUGUAUAUCAGUCAAAUACUCCAACUUCUGUACAAUCCCUGGAGGGGGAAAAGUUCAACUCUGCUCCAGAAAAAAUUGAUGAUGUUUCACCCAGUAAUGAGCUUAGUGGACAGCACUUUGUGAAUCAAUCUAAUGCUCCAACUUAUGGGGAAUCCCUUGAGGGAGCAGAAUCAGACUCCAUUCCUGUAAAAAAUGAUAAUGUUUCACUCAGUAAUGAGACUUGUAUACACCAACUUGUAAAUCAAUCAAAUAUUCCAACUUCUGAAGAAGGCCUCAAGGGAGUAGAAUCUGACUCUGCUCCAAUAAAUGUUGAUGAUGUCUCAACCAACUGGAACUCUGGAUUGAGCAGGGAAGCAAUUAUAAUGAAGGAUAACUUUGAUGCAACUGUGGCUUUUGAGUCGGUUGGUCUUCAUGAGAAAGAAAAAUUGCUGUCCAGUGAAUUUUCUGGUUCUAAUCAUGAACAUUCACCUGUUUCUGUGGCAGAGUUUUUGCCUGCAACUUCAUUUGACGGAGAGGAGUUUCAGGCCCAUCAAAAGGUGGAAAUAGUUUGUUACAGCCCUGCAGAUGACUCUGACUCUCAGUCCGAUGACUCAAGUGCUGUAGCUCUGUCUGAAAUGGCUUUUUCAAUUGCCUCCUCCUAUGGUUCCAUGUUCACAGAACCUCGUACUCUGCCUGAGAAUUCAUUUAAUGACGUAGUCACAAAUCUAGCAUCUUAUGGUAACCCAAAUAAUGUGGCUGGCAAUGAUUCUGAUAGUUCCAAUGUGCUUGUGUCUUCUAUGUCUGCUCCAAUUGUACCAGGUAACAGAGAGAUAGCAGAGGCAGUGCAUACUUGCUCCAACAGUGUCCUGUCAUUGGAAUCAACAGGGUGCUCCAAUUACUCCAGUAAUUUUGGUGAUACUAUAACAGACUUUGGAAUGGAAAAUAUUGAUAUGGCUGAUAAGGUGAAGCUUGAGGACAGCUGUGUCAUUGUGGAUAACCGUAUGCUUUAUGAAGUCUCUCGAAGAAUCCGCAAACUCAGAUCAUACAAGAAAAAAGUCCAGGACGCCUUUACUUCAAAUAAGAGGCUCAGCAAGGAAUAUGAGCAGCUAGCAAUUUGGUACGGUGACCUUGAUAUGGAGGGCAGCCAGGAUACUACAUUGCAGGGUCAGUUGCAAUCUAGCAACAGUGUAACCUUUGACCCUGAUUACCGGAUACAUCAGAUACACGACUCUGAAUGGGAGCUCUUGUAAAUAACUCGAAGAAGUCUAAAGUUGAUCACAACCAGUGGUUGGGCAGCCUAUUCUUCAGGUAAAAGAGUUCAACAUGAUGCCGUCCUUGUGAAUACUUACAGUUGGCGGCUCCAACUCGUAGUACAUAAAUACGGAAUAAUAUUGCGGGUGAUAGUUCAUCAAAAUUCAGAUACUACGAAAAGUCGCUAUAAAAUUCAACUUUGUGGUGCUUCCCUGGUACUUUCAGAAUUUUUUGUACAGUUGCCAAUCAGACAUUUUCUUUCCCACAAUUAAUUUUGAUUGUCAGUACAAAAGUUUUAAGCCAAAGAGGUAGCAAAGUUGCAAUAACAAGGUUUUCUUGAAGUGUCAUGAUGUAAGUGUGCUAGUGCGACUCGUAGCAAUCAGCAAAUUCUUUCUUCUUCCCUUGUCCUGCAAGUUGCCAAAAGUUAUGAAGUUCGCAAAUGUUUU